AUGGCUUCGCUGAGUCAGGCAUUGCGCGAGCUACAGGGACCUUUGCUCCCACCGAAGGACCUGGUGGAGGAGGAAGAUGAUUAUCUGAGGGGGGAUGCGGAGGAGGAGGAAGAUACGGUGUUUGUCGAUGCCGAGGAGCUCUGCAGUGGGGGCGUAAAGGCGGGCAGCCUCCCUGGUCGGCUCCGUGUUUCAAUUUUUGAUGAAAACACUCACCAGCAAUGUGAAGUGUUUGGACGUUUUCCAUUAAUGGGUCCUUGGUGGCGAGUGAAGGUACAGGUACAGCCUGUAGGAUCAAGGAGCUAUCAAGUUCGAGGAUUUCCUUCUUACUUUUUACAGUCAGAUAUGUCAGCACCAAAUCAGUUACACAUCUGUUCCCUCUUUCUUAAAGACUGUAAUGUCCCCAGUGAAAACAGAAAUAAAUUUUUAACAUGGGUAAAUGAUGAAUCAAGUUACAAAGACCUCAACUUUGAAAAUCUUAGGGAAAAAUUAAGAACUUACCAAAAGAAUAUUGGAAGGAAUACUCAAAAACAAUCUACACAGAAAACACAAGAAGAGUCACCACCAGAUUACGAGAUACUGCUUCCUCUGGAAAACACAAUUCCAUAUAUAACUGUGAUGAGAGCUUUGCAGUUUCCAAAAAUAAUGGAAUUCCUUCCAGUUCUUCUGCCCCGACACUUUAAACGGCUCAUAAGCUCAGAUUCUGCAGAGGUGUUGGAACAGAUAGAAGAGAUUUUAGGUACACAGCCAUGGAAACUCGGAUUUCGUAAAAUAACCUACAGACAGUUGAAGCUUCUGCAAUGUGAGGCAAGUUGGACAUCGUUUUGUCAGUGCAGGUCUCUUCUCCAGUUGAUGACUGAUUUGGAGAAGAAUGCAUUAGUAAUAUAUUCUGAACUGAAGCAGAUGUGCAGAGAGCAAGGGCACACGUGUGUUGAAGAAGCUGACUUAACUUCUGAAUUGUCAGACCGCAUGUCUUUUCAUGAUGCUUGGCAGUCUCUGAAGUUCUUGAAGGAUAUCGGUGUGGUGACGUAUGAAAAGGGCUGUGUCUUUCUUUAUGACCUUUACCAGGCUGAAAGAGGCAUUGCCUCUUCAAUCUGUGACUUGAUGACAAGGUCGCCGUGGCGAUUACAUGUUGAUGUCAAAAAGGUGCUUGCGUCUAUUCACACCACAGGACCUGAGAAUUCAGGAAGUGAUGAUACGCUGAAUAAAAGUAAACCUGACGAAACAAGAUUAGAAGAUCCUGUGGAUAUUUGGGACACGCAGGACAGCGGUGACCAUAUUUUGGAUAAUGGUGAAAAUGAAGUUAAGGCAGAAAUAAGUGAAGUCCAACUGGAUCAGGAUCAGGUGGCUGCUUUGGACAUGAUUUGCUCCAAUGCUGUGACAGUCAUAAGUGGGAAAGGUGGUAGUGGGAAGACCACAAUUGUUAGCCAGCUUUUUAAGCAUAUAGAGCUGUUGGAAGAAAGAGAAGUGAAAAAAGCUUGUGAAGAUUUUGAACAAGACCAGAAUGUACCAGAAGAAUGGAUUACCUUCACCCAGCAAAGUCAGCCGAAGCCGGGCAAGGCUAUAGAAGUUUUACUUACAGCACCUACAGGGAAAGCAGCUGGCUUACUGAGACAGAAAACUGGUUUCAACGCUUAUACGCUAUGUCAGGUCAAUUAUAGCUUCUACUUAUGGGAGAAAAAAACAAUGACCAAGGACAUGCCAUGGAAAUUUUCUUCGGUUAGAGUUCUGGUUGUGGAUGAAGGGAGUUUGGUAUCUGUCAGAAUCUUUAAAUCAGUUUUAAAUUUACUGUGUGAGCACUCCCAACUUUCUAAGCUUAUUAUCCUUGGUGAUAUUAGACAGUUACCCAGUAUUGAACCUGGUAACUUGCUGAAAGAUCUUUUUGAGACUCUCAAGUCAAGAAAUUGUGCUGUUGAACUAAAGACAAACCAUAGAGCAGAAUCUGAACUAAUUGUGGACAAUGCUACAAGAAUCUCAAGACGCCAGUUUCCAACAUUUGAUGCAGAGCUGAAUAUCUCUGAUGAUCCAACAUUCCCUGUCUCAAUACAAGAUAAAUCAUUUAUUUUUGUUAGACUCCCAGAAGAAGAUGCCAGUUCUCAGUUCUCAAAAAGUAAUCAUCACUCUUAUUUAUACUCUGCCGUUAGUACUUUACUCAAAGAAAAGGACCUAGAAGAUGCGAAAACAUCACAAUUUAUUGCAUUUAGAAGGCAGGACUGUGAUGUGAUCAACACCUGCUGUUGCAAGCACUACACGGGCCGUCUAAUCAAAAACCAUCAGAAUAGACUUGAAUUUGGAGUUGGUGAUAAAAUUUGUUGUACCAGGAAUGUGUAUCUCUCAGACUUACUCCCUGAAAAUACCUUCAACAGCCAACAAAAUAAUGAACUAAAGGCCAGUGGCGAAGACUUCAAUGGUACUCCUCAUGGUUUUGCUAAAAAUAAGCAUGACUUUGAAAGUGGUAUUCGACUCUGCAAUGGAGAAGUAUUUUUCAUAACAGAGGAUAAAACUGAUAUAACUUUUGGAAAGCAAAGAUUUUUGACCAUUAAUAAUAUGGCUGGCUUCGAAGUAACUGUGGAUUUUGGGAAACUAAUGCAAUAUUGUCACAUAAAACAUGCAUGGGCAAGAACUAUUCACACUUUUCAGGGGUCGGAGGAGAAGACAGUCGUGUAUGUGGUUGGGAAGGCGGGCCGCCAGCACUGGCAGCACGUGUACACAGCGGUGACCCGGGGCCGCUGCAGAGUGUACGUCAUUGCAGAAGAGUCUCAGCUUCGGAGCGCAAUUAUGAAAAACAGUGUUCGCAGAAAAACUCGUUUAAAACAUUUUUUGCAAAACAAGCUCUCCGAGAGCUGUGCAUCUCCAGCAGAGUUUGCAUCCCCAUCAAAGAGCCCUGAAGACAGCAGGAGACCCAGCACCCAUCCAUCAGCAUCCCCACUCCCUACAGUCACAGAUGACAGGGUGACAGAUUACGUCCCCAGAAGGAGGGCCUCUGUGGCUGGUGACACGCUGUUUGCCUUUGCUGAAGGAUGGAAAUUAUCUUCAUCUGAUGAAGUGCAUGCAAUUGAGGAUCCAUCACAAUCGAGAGGGUCCAAAAGAACAUGUUGCAUGAAUGCCACUGCAAGUCCAAACAAAAUUCUUAUGGUGGAAGAAUCAUCUCCACAAGUGUCUUCUAAACUUCAGAAUUUGAGACUAAAUAGUUUAACCCCCAGGCAACUUUUCAAACCUACAAAUAAUCAAGAAACUUAG